CCCAGUCCCCCCCUACCAUCACUGCUCUACAGAGGAAGAAAGGGGGAGACGGGUAACCUCCACUGAACGUUUUCACAUAAAUAUGAGCGGCAGCGGGCGGCCCAGGACCAGCUCAUUCGCUGAGCCUCCCGGAGCUCCCGGAUCUGCUGCGGCCGGUGCCGGAUCGGCGGUAGCCGGCGGAAGCUCAACAGGAAAGACCGGGGCUUCACAAGCCAGUGGAAGCAGCUCGACGAGCUUUGGGAAUUUGAAGCUACCCAGAGACAGUGGCAAAGUGACGACGGUGGUAGCCACACCUGGACAGGGCCCUGAUCGCCCACAGGAAGUGUCCUACACAGACAUAAAGGUUAUAGGAAAUGGCUCGUUUGGAGUGGUCUACCAGGCUCGCCUCAUUGAUACCCAAGAGAUGGUGGCAAUUAAGAAAGUUCUCCAAGACAAGAGAUUUAAGAAUAGGGAGCUGCAAAUUAUGAGAAAAUUGGACCACUGCAACAUUGUGAGGCUACGUUACUUCUUUUACUCCAGUGGAGAGAAGAAAGAUGAGGUGUAUUUGAACCUGGUGCUGGAUUACGUCCCUGAGACGGUGUACAGGGUGGCUCGGCAUUUCAACAAGGCUAAGACCACCAUCCCCAUCAUCUAUGUUAAGGUGUACAUGUACCAGCUGUUCCGCAGUCUGGCCUAUAUCCAUUCCCAGGGCGUGUGUCACAGAGACAUAAAGCCUCAGAACCUCCUGGUGGACCCAGAGACAGCCAUUCUCAAACUCUGUGACUUUGGCAGUGCAAAGCAACUAGUUCGAGGGGAGCCAAAUGUUUCCUAUAUUUGCUCACGGUACUAUCGUGCCCCAGAGCUCAUAUUUGGUGCCACCGACUACACGUCCAAUAUUGACAUCUGGUCAGCCGGCUGUGUGUUGGCUGAGCUGCUGCUAGGCCAGCCCAUCUUCCCCGGAGACAGUGGUGUGGACCAGCUAGUAGAGAUCAUCAAGGUUUUGGGGACACCAACAAGGGAGCAGAUCCGGGAGAUGAACCCCAACUACACAGAGUUCAAAUUCCCACAGAUCAAAGCACACCCUUGGACAAAGGUGUUUAAGCCUCGCACCCCACCAGAGGCCAUUGCCCUCUGCUCUCGACUGCUGGAAUACACGCCGGUGACCCGGCUGUCUCCCCUGGAGGCAUGCGCGCACGCCUUCUUCGAUGAGCUGCGCCAGCCGAACACCCGCCUCCCCAGCGGACGAGAACUUCCGCCCCUAUUCAACUUCAGUCCUGUUGAACUGUCUAUCCAGCCCCAGUUGAACUCCACACUCAUUCCUCCUCACGCUCGUGCACAGACAUCGCCUGCCUCACAUGAGGGCAGUGUGUCAGACAGUACCGCCCAGCCCAGCUCAGCGCCUGGAUCCAUCAACAACAGCACCUGAGCAGUCAUCCCUUUGUCAUAUUUUCUGUUUUGUCUUCCCCAUGUUCAUUUUCUUUCCUCUGCUCCUCUCCCUCUCAACCUUCCUCCUGGCUCCAAACCCUUAAAAAUAGAAGAAGGAAAAAUAAAUUAGACACACCCACAUAAACACUCAGCACUGCUAUUUUCCCUGAAUAUUGAAGAAUUUCAAUAAAAAAGCAGCCCCUGCAGCAGCCCGCUUCAGGAAGCUGUAGGUUGAGGACAUUUAGGUAGUUGCACUUGGGCUUAUUAUAAGCUACAGGUCCAAGUCCAGGGUGGCUGCUGUCUGACCUCUUAGAGUAAAAACUUUCUCAUCAGUCGGGUAGGAUGUUUAGGAGAUGAGGAGGGGGCUUGUAUAUAUUAUGUGGAUUUUCUGUAAUAUAAUCAACAGUUGACUUUUAUCCCUUUUUAAGUUCAUUUUAUUUGCAUUUUAUGUGUGGCCACAGUGCCAUUGAUUGAGAUCCUGAUUGGCUAUAAAGUUGUAAAACAGGUUGUCGCGUAAGGCCCGACUGAUAGACAAUCAUCCUUUGUGGGGUCAAAAAUGUCACAUUUGUACUGUACAGCCAACUCUGUGUGGCCUUUCUGUCACUUUCGACUAAAGUUGUGAACAGAUGUGAGGAAUUAUUCAAAAAAAAUUCUCCCAGCAAAAACCACAUUGGCUCAAGAUUGUCUGUCAUUUUAGAUAAGAGGUGGUUUUAGAUUUUAUUACAGAGAAGAGCACCGCAGCCCGUGUUUACCGUUUGUUUUUGAGUAUUAGCUCCAGCACUGCCUUUUAUGUGAAUGAGAGGGAGUUCUGUGCGAGCAGAGCGCACAUCUUCAGUUUCUUCUUUAUAAGCUUCAUGUCUUCAUUGGUUAAGCUGGAAACCAAGAGUUUCAUGUUUAAUUCUCAAGUGAGUAUUGCACAUCUCUAAAGGGAGUAGAGGGAAGCAAAAGGGGCAAGUUAUAUGUACUGUCCAGCUGUUAGCUUCACCCAGAGGGAGCUGUUGGUGCGGGGCUCCGGCUGCAUGUGAUAUAGUAGCCUUGGUGUCUCGGUUGCCUAACCGUGGGGUGAAUAGUCACCUCAUUAAUUAUGUUGCUAUUCAUAUCAGCCUGAUUAUGUUGUAGAAUGCUAUUGGAGUACAGAGAAACUACUGGACGCUUUUGCCGCUCACAUUGUCAUUUGAGUCGCUUUUGCAGGAGGAUGACUAGGAAUUGGUUUUAUUUGUGUUGUUGGAGUGUUGAAACCGUCUUUGCCCCUCCCAAAGCAGCCCGCCUGCGAUGCUCAUAUCAUGUUCUCCACACCCUGUAGCGGUUGUCUGACGCAGCUAACAGUCCUCUGUGGGCAUGGGCUGGUUUCCUCUCUUCCAUCACGCAUGCUCAGCCCAUGUUGGCCACGCUGUCUUACUUCCACUAAUAUCUGUAAUAAUCUGACCAGAAAUUAUGCUCAAAUCCCUGAAACCCAACAGCAUUUGGAGCCUCCCCUUCCAUUCCUCCUUGUCUUCAUCCCUCUGCCUUCAGGUUCCCUCUUUCCUCCUUUUUUCACUGCUAAACUGUAAAUAUCAAGUACCUUUUAUUUUAUUUUGUUAUUUUUGUUAUUAUUGUUAUUAUAUUGUUGUUCUUGUAAUUUUUUUUCUUUUCCUCCGGUAGAGUGGCGCAGCAGCGUCCGGGCGAUUAUCCUCAGUCGCAGUCUGUAUAUACGAUUUCAUUUCAGUCCCUGGUUCAGGAGGGGAAAACAGAACAAAAUGUUUCAUUUUUAUUCUCUCUCCCUCAAUUUCUCUCUUCAGAAUGGCCUCUUUUUUCCCCCAUAAAUGUUGUCAUAACUGUUUUAUUUAUUGUGGGGUUUUUUGUUUGUUUGUUUUUUUUUUAGAGGAUGGGGGGGGGGGGGUCCUUGCUUUUCCAUCAGGGUGGUAAAAUUUAGUUGUUUUUUUUUCUUUCAUUUGUUGUUUUUUUUUUUUUUUUUUUUUUUUUUUUUUUAUUUCCAGAUUUUAGUCUAGCAAUGUCACAUGCAGAAUAAUUUCACAUCCAAGAUACUGUACUCAGAUCCAGUCGUUGGAGUGUGCUUUCCAAUCAGUGGUCUUGUAUGAAUGCAGGUGCGCAUGCUCGCCAACAGGGAGAACUCCAGUUUUCCAUAAAACUUCAAUGUGAAGGGAAUGUUACAAGCCUCUGGAUCUGUGGGGUCAUAGUGUUGGGAGGGAGCACGGGUAACCGUGUGUGUGCGUGCGUGUCUGGAGGAAAGGGGGAAAAUGAAUCUGUCCACUGACAUUUAUCAUCUCCUUUGUCUGACUGUUACCCGUUUUUUUCAUUUCUGUGUGUCGUAUGACUGCAACAGGGUCAACCUGUUGGUACGCUUUGUAUGCUGCACAGAUGGUGAGUUUCUUGAGCACAGCAGCAGGGAAUGUAUGUGUGUUUGUAUGCGUGCUGGCAGACCAUGGACAUUAUUCUCUGUACUUUUUCCUAAAUGAAAAGCUGGCUAAAUGUGCUGUUUAAUGUCUGUUUUUCCCAUUCUGAUCUGUCACAUUUUGUUGUGACCCUGCUCUUUUAUCACCCUUUAUCUGAGGGUGGAGUAUCAUAGUUGGAAACAGAACAGUUGGAUAAAGGAGAUGAUGAUGAUGGAUGAUGAUGAUGAUAGAUAGAGGGAUGGAGGGAGAGAGAGAGUUUUUGUUUGUUGGUAUAAAUAAUUAAACUCAUUAAUAAAGUGAUGAAACUGUA